AUGGCCGACGUACCCGACAGCGUACCUGCAUGGAGUCACAAAUCCUGCAGACUGUGUACAGACCUCCGCUUCAAGACGUACUCCGAUGCGAAGCUCGCUGGCCUCUUUCUCGAGAACUACUUCCCUAUCUCCUUUUUCAAGGAAGUCUUUGAUGUCAUUGUUGAUCCGGACUUCAACUCUGACGAUGUUACGUUUGACAGUAUAUGGGAUAUGUUCUCGUACAUCUCUACUUGUCGACAGAAGGAUGUUCUGGAGCGAGACGCCGCUGUAGCUCUGCUCCAGCGUGAUGGGUCCAGUCUGAAUAUAAUGGUGCCAAGGGGAAUUCCACGAGAUAUACUGGGCUUGUGGUCCAGCGACGCGCUCUCGUUCACUACAAACAAAGAUUCCGAUUUCGAUCUCGAACUCAAUUGGGACGAGCAUCCACCACCUCAGUUAAAGACAAUUGAUUUAUUUCUCUCCGGAUUCGAAGACCUCUGUAAGGAUGACCUAACAUGGCUUCUCAAAUCCCGCAACUCCUUCUCCCUAGACUCCCUAUCCAUAUACUUAGAAUGUAACUCUCUGAACUUCCUAUCGCCCUCAAACUCUUCAAGUCUUCAUGCAGUAAUGCGAGAUUGUCUUCCCGGAAUUGAAAAGAGUCUUAAAUUGGUGAUUCAUCAAUCACCAAUCCAUAACUUAGGAGCAGGCUGCGGUCCAUCUACAUCCGUUCCUGGACAAUUCUAUUCUAACGUCUUGAAAUCGGCAAGUAACUUGGAGAAUUUGGAGAUGUUCUUCUCCCAAUCGAACUUGUGCAGUGUAUGCGGACCCUUCAACCUCCCUCCUUCCUUAGAAAUACUCACGAUACAUCUCGAAGACAACUAUGACCAUCCCUCUACUCCAACAUCCAUUCCAGCUUCGCCAAAUUCAGAUCUGCAAGAUCUCCAAGUCUGGUUUUCCUCAGUAGGAAUUGAGAAGUUCAUCCUCGAACGCCUACCGACCCUCCCCCAUCUUUGCAAGGUGGUCAUCACACGCUCUCCGCCUCUCGAUCAGAAUAUCUUGGAAGGUUGGGACUUGGAUGCUCUGACCGAUCAGCCUUAUUAUAUGGAUCAAAUUACUAUUCAAAGAGGUAUUCAGAGAGGACAGGAUAUUAUUUCGGAAUUGCUACGCACAAUUUGCCGAGAGCGCAAUAUUGAUUUCGUAUUUGUUGAUAAUGCGUUUCCGAAGACGUUGGAUAUACCUCGGGGAGAACGGCAUGCAUAUUCUCCGCCGAACAGGUCUUCGGAGGUUUGA